UUCGGCUUCAUGACAGCAUUUCAGAGGAGGCUCAUCAUUACCUCAUCUUUGACCUAGUGACAGGUGGAGAGUUGUUUGAAGACAUUGUAGCCAGAGAAUAUUACAGUGAAGCUGACGCCAGCCACUGUAUCCAGCAGAUUUUGGAGGCGGUGCUUCACUGUCAUCAGAUGGGUGUGGUCCACCGAGAUCUGAAGCCUGAAAAUCUUCUACUAGCCUCCAAAUCUAAAGGAGCUGCAGUGAAACUGGCUGACUUUGGUCUCGCCAUCGAAGUGGAGGGAGAACAGCAGGCCUGGUUCGGCUUUGCUGGAACUCCUGGUUAUUUGUCUCCAGAGGUUCUGAGGAAGGAUCCGUACGGGAAGGCUGUUGACCUUUGGGCCUGUGGUGUGAUUCUGUACAUCUUGUUGGUGGGAUAUCCUCCAUUCUGGGAUGAAGAUCAACAUCGUCUCUAUCAGCAGAUCAAAGCUGGAGCUUAUGAUUUUCCUUCUCCUGAGUGGGACACAGUGACUCCUGAAGCCAAAGAUCUAAUCAAUAAGAUGUUAACGAUCAAUCCGGCCAAACGGAUCACAGCUUCAGAGGCUCUCAAGCACCCCUGGAUCUCUCAUCGCUCCACAGUUGCGUCCUGUAUGCACCGACAGGAAACCGUUGAAUGUCUAAAGAAAUUCAAUGCCAGGAGAAAGUUAAAGGGAGCUAUUCUUACCACAAUGUUGGCCACCAGGAAUUUUUCUGGAGGAAAGAGUGGAAGCAACAAGAAGGCAGAUGGUGUCAAAGAGUCCUCAGAGAGCACGAACACCACCAUCGAAGAUGAAGACACCAGAGGCAGGAAACAGGACAUCAUUAAAGUGACAGAGCAGCUCAUUGAGGCCAUCAGUAAUGGAGACUUUGAGAGCUACACUAAAAUGUGUGACCCGGCUGUGACGGCCUUUGAACCGGAGGCUUUGGGAAACCUGGUCGAAGGGCUGGACUUUCACCGCUUUUAUUUUGAAAACUUGUGGUCUAAGAACAGUAAACCAGUCCACACCACCAUCCUGAACCCCCACAUCCACUUGGUGGGGGACGAGGCGGCCUGCAUUGCCUACAUCAGAGUGACCCAGUACAUCGACUCUAAUGGCACGCCUCGAACCGCCCAAUCAGAGGAGACCAGGGUGUGGCACCGCCGCGACGGCAAGUGGCAGAUCGUUCACUUCCACCGCUCAGGCUCCCCCUCCACGCUCAGCAACUAACUUCCUCUUCCAGAGUGGGCGGGUCUCUGAAAGGGCUGCUGUCACCGUGACAACAGGUAGAUUGACAGCAGACCAGGCGUCUGACAACAACCAUUCAGGAUUUAGUUUGAGAGGUUGGAGGAGGAGACCACAGAGCCAGAGUGCUUCACUCUGACCCAUCAAUCAAUCAAUCAAUCAAUCAAUCAACCAUCUAACCAAUCAGCUCCCUGGGUGCAGGAACAGUUUGUGUUAUGUUGCAGAAACCUUGUAUCUCCAGCUGCUCGCACACACAACCUGAUUAAUGUGGCCGAUUAGCUUAGCUUAGCACAAUGACUGGAAACAGGUGGAAACUGUUAGCCUCGUCGUCCAGCAGCUGUCCAACAUUCAGGACGUUCCUGAGCGUGUGCAGAAGUUCUGACCGUGUGUCAAUCAUCCAGAAACAUGGAUCAGGUUCUGAUCCGAAAACUAAUCAAUAACAUUGAUCAGUGGAGAUACCAGGUUUCCUGCAGCCAAACUUCAGUAUCUAAAGUAAUAAAUAAAAUAUGUUGUUUUUUUAUGAGAAGUCUAAGAGUUGUUGUGACUGAUCCGUUUUAGACCAGUUCUUCCCUUCAGGUUCCACACAGAACCUGAGACCAGAGUCUUCAUCCUCUGGUCUCUGGUUCCACACAGAACCAGAGACCAGAGUCUUCAUCCUCUGGUCUCUGGUUCCACACAGAACCAGAGACCAGAGUCUUCAUCCUCUGGUUCCACACAGAACCUGAGACCAGAGUCUUCAUCCUCUGGUCUCUGGUUCCACACAGAACCAGAGACCAGAGUCUUCAUCCUCUGGUCUCUGGUUCCACACAGAACCAG